UGCAUUUUAUUUUAUUAAAAAAUCAAGGCUUUUUAAAAUUUUAUUUUAGUGACGAAUGCGAUCACUAUUGAUACUUAAGGUGCUUUGCAGUGUUGGACAACUAAGAAAGUUUCCCCUCUUGCACGAGAAAACAAAAAUAAAUAAACGCGGAAAACACUGCCUCAAAUUAAAGAGAGAUUUAUUAAGAAUUAGAGUAAUAGCUCGAUCUCAAUUAGUAAAUGGGCAUCAUGGAAAACAAUGGCGUCGGCAAGCUGACCGAAGAAUCUCUGAAACGCAAGGAGCGGCUGCAAAAACUACGGGAACAAGCGCAGAAUAAAGGAGAAGACACCGCCGAAACCAAUGAAAACUUACCCAAACCUGUAUUCCGUAGCUACAAACCGCAAAAUGAGAGCACCUCCGGCGAAAUUCUAUCCCAGGAGCCAACAGGAAACAUUGAAACCGCUGUGGAGGAUCAACUGAGUCUGCUGCAGCAGCCCAUGGUGAUCGAUGAGAUUGAUAUAACCAACCUGGCACCUCGCAAACCAGAUUGGGACCUCAAACGGGAUGCCAGCAAGAAGUUGGAGCGAUUGGAACGACGCACCCAAAAGGCCAUUGCAGAACUCAUCCGGGAGCGGCUGAAACUGAACCAAAUCGAGGACAUCAGUCAGGCGGUGAAUGUGGCCACUGCCCAUGCAGGUGAAACUGUCCAGGAGGAUUAUGACUAGAUCCGAACAAGACAACUAUAUUAUUAAACUUGUACAAAAACGAUAAAUGCACUAACAAUAAGUAACACUA